CGCGGGAAUCACAAACUGAUACAAAAUAACCGGCGCAUCACCUGCUACUGUCCUUCCCGCUUUCACAGCGUUUACGUCGUCUGAUCAAGCGCAGAGAACUGCACCGUCUUUUACAGGUGUUUUUGUUGCCACUGGUUCCCAUUCUGGGUUUAGAAUGACUCACACAGGUAAAACAGUGGUCAUCCCUCCAGAGCUCCCCGGCAUUCUGAAGCAGUUCACCAAGGACGCCAUCCGGACACAACCUGAAGACCUGCUGGAAUGGGCCACACUGUACUUCAGUGCUCUGGUCCAGGGGAAGACGUUACCUGUGAACAGGACACCAGACAAAGUGGUAACCCCCAACACCAUUGACCUCACACCUGAGGUACUCACCACAAUGCACGAAAAGCUACAUAAGAAUGGCACAGUCAGUAAGAAGGAGGUGUGCAAGCUGUGGCGGUCGUUAGGAUUGGCUGACGACCUUCUCAGACACAUCAUGACAGUGGGCUGCUUCGGAGACCAACUUGACUGGAUAAAAUUCUUCGCCCUGGGCUGCAGCUAUCUGGGAGGGACGAUCAAGAACGCCAUGACCCACGCGCUGUACAUCCUGAACUCAGACAGCUCUUGUAAGCCCCCAGACGCCUGCGUCCCCUUCGAGACCUUCCGCUUCCUUUACUCCUACCUGGCAGCAGUGGACAAAGAGGUGUCCCAGGCCCAGAUAGACCGAACCAUUACCUACUUGGAGGCUCAGGCGAAGGCGCGUGAUGGGAUGGUGAAGGUGUCGGACUUCGUCAACAGUCGUAAAGUGCGUUUGGGAUAGACUCACCCUCUUUCCCCUUUAGAACUUUGUUCUAAUAAAGAUGGUUCCAAAGAAAAA